AAAUGCGGCUCAGGACUUUCGCGCUUCUUGGACUUCUGUUUUUGACAAUCCUCAACUCAUCAGACGGCCUUCAGACGACAAUCCAACCAGACAAAGACUCGACGGUGACGGUUUCCACUCUGCUACCUUCGGAUCAAUGUGCUGUGUGUACAGUCAGCGGAGAUAAUGACACAGAGACUUCCUGCUACCCGUCUCUCACUCUUCCACCUGAGGUGGAAGUCACACUGCUGUUCAACUGCACUCAGCUGAUCGAGCAGGCUUACGAGGUCACAAUAAAUCGGACAGUCGAGUGCACAAAGGACACCUGCAGCCCUUCAACAAUAGAAACUCAACCCUCCAUCCUCACAGAGCUCUCCAGGACCUUCACCUGGGAGCUGAAGGCACCCGAAAAGAUAGUCGUGGGUCUGGACAUCCUCGGAGAAGGACUGAUAGAGACGUCACACCCGUGCCCGGAUGGACUUCAGUAUUCGGUGGCAACAUCCAAAACGAGCAGCAAGGGCCAGACUCAAUACUGUCGAGGUGGUUCUGUGACUCACUUAGACCUGCCCAACCAGGCUGAAGUGUCUCUGCGAGUUAAAGCGAAGACACAAGUGGAGUCUAUGUUGUUCCAGGCCUCCGCAGGACCACCGAAGGGUCGAAAGAUGGUCGUAACCGUCGAUUCCAGCACGACUGUGGUCAUCACCAGAAACCCGGACGAACCCGAAUGUGAGGUGUGCUCUCCCGACGGCUCCUGUAGCCCGACAGAAAAGACCCUGACAAAUGUCGAAGGCCUCUCGCUGGAGUUCAGCUGCGCAAAGCCUCAAGACGUGUACAGUAUGAAGAUGAAGAAGAAGAUAGAAUGCACCAAGAACUCCUGCACUCCUGCCACCGGAGAGAUUGAUCCGAACCUCUUCAAAGACUUCAAAAGAACCCUAACGUGGGACUUUACUGUACCAGAGAGGACCGUCUUAACUUUGGACAUCGCAGGUGACGGACUGAAGGCGAUAUCUGCUCCAGAUCAAUGCCAAGAUGGCUUCCAGUACUCAGUGAGCAUAACUAAAAGUGACGGAACAAUUAAAACUAAUAGUUACUGCAAAGGUGGGACGUUGUCUCAUCUGAAUCUGCUCGGACUGACGACGGUGACUGUGGAGGUGCCGCAAGGUGAACAACUGGACAAAACGCUGUUUACCGCCAAAGCAGCUCCAAGAGCUGGCAGGAUGUUGGCAGUGGUCCCUGAUCCAGAUACCAUCAUAACCAUCAACAGGAGGAGCGAGGAGCCCGACUGCAGCGUGUGUGUGGACGUGGCGCCCAACCAGAAAUGCCACCCAACAUUUCUACAACUGAGAGAUGCUCGCAAUACCUCAGUAGAGUUUACCUGUCCUCAACCUCAGGAUCUCUUCAAUGUGGAGAUCAACAGAGAAAUUGACUGCACUGAGACCUCCUGCUCUGGUAAUAUUGUUCAGCCCGAGUCCUCGCUGUUCCCAGACUUCAACCGGACCUUCACCUGGGAUUUCAAAGUUGUCUCCACCCGGGCCUUCCAGCUGGACUUCCCAGAAGCAGGAAUGCAACAGAUUCCCAAUGAGGAGACCUGUCCAGAUGAGCACACAUACUCUCUUGUUACCUACCUGCGAACAGGUCUAGUGAAAAUUGGUACCUUUUGCAGAGGAGGCACUGUGACGUCCGUCCAGGUGCGCUACAAGGGCCGUGUGUCUUUACAGGUUCCUGGGGACAGGAAGUUGAAUCCUGUUGACUUUAAAGUCAGUAGUGGGCCUGAGACCAGCAUGGCGUCCAUAGUGAAAGUCAACCUACCACGAGGUGUCUCAGAUACAAACUUCCUCUCUCCCAACUAUCCCCGUGAUUUCCCCGAUAACGAGCAGAUGCAGUGGAGCUUCACGGUGCCCGGCAUGCACAACUACACGAUGCAUUUCCACGAUCACACCGCCCCCGAAUGCCUCAACAACGAAGUGGUGGUGGAGUAUCAGAAAGAGGACAAGAAGGUGACCAAACUGAGCCUGACGGAUCCUCAGCCGGCGCAUCAGCAGGGCAACUUCAACAUGAUAUUGAAGAAUUGUGAAACCAACAGGACACUGCAAGGACUCAGCUUGAAAUACAGCGUCUCUGUAAUGAGGAGCGGUCAUCCAGUUCUGUGUUCGGUGGAUCUCACCAAACACAAAGGAGUGUCCCUGCAGAUAGAGAAAGUUGGAUCUGAUCCUAAUUGUGAGAUGAGCAUUAACUCCAAUAUUGAAAAGAAGAUCAACGUAGCUGUCGGCACUAAAGCCAGCCUCUCCUUCCUCGACUGUCCGAAUGAAGACAUACGUUUGACUGCAAAUAAAGUUAUUGGGUGCAAAAAUGUGGCGACAUGCCCUUCAGCUCUCCUCACUGUGCCCAAGUUGGAUUCCUGUCUACCGAUGCCCCUCCACAGCUUCACCUGGCACCUCAACAUCCCUCUGGACGGCACAGUAGAUCUGAUGUCGCUCACAGGGACUCUCAAGCAGUCUCUUCCUGGCCAAAAAUGCAAUAGCUCCUCUUCCCUGCAUGUGGAAGAGAGCGACGGGCUUUCUAUUGGAGAUUUCUGCUCCGGUGGAACGAUCCAGAAGGUUCGGGUGCACGCCAACGUCACCAUCACAGCUGCAGGCCGAGACUUCAGCAAGAAGAAGGGGCCUUUCCUUAAUGUCAGCUUUAGUGAGGAGAUCUCAGACACCAUUAUUUACAGAGUGACCCCUGAGAUGUCCUCUCCGACCCUGCUGGCCACCCCAAACUGGCCUAAAGGCAUGAGGUCUUUCUCCACCGUAUCCUGGAUCGUCGACCUGCCGAGCCAGUACAAGGCAGAUCUACAGUUUGUCAACAUCAGCCAGCCCAAAUGCAGUGACAGGCAUACCGCCAUCAAGGUCCAGGUGCUGGGCCAACAUGAGGAAAUAAUGAGCCGCAGGGAGGACGAGCCGGUGGAGGAUAAGUUAUCGGUGCCGCACAGUUUCUAUCUCAACAUGUCCAACUGUAUACCAGAGGAGGGAGAGUUUGGUGCAGUGACCAAAAUUGUACUGCAGAAAAAUAACAAUCUCUUGGCCAUCCUCCUCGGGAUAGCAGGAGCUCUUCUUCUUUUGCUCAUAGUGCUGGCUGUUGUAUGCAUCAUCACAAGGAAAAAGAAAAAAGAGCGAGAGAGCAACGACGCAUCCAUCUACAUCGGCAAAGGGAGUUUCUUCCGCCCAGGGGACCAGCACUUCACCAAAACCCGGUCCGAAAACGACUCCCACGUCUACGCCUCCAUAGAUGAGUCGAUGGUGUACGGUCACCUUCUGGGCGAGUCCACCUACUCCGACGGCGGGCAAGACCACUUCAAAAGCAUGCCGGUGGACUCCUACCGCACCUUCAUGGGGCCACCUGAUGAAAACCUGCCUGUGAUCAAAGAACCAGAUCCAGAGCCCGAGAUGGACCAGUACAGGACGUUCCUGGCCCCCUCUGAGACUUUCAUCCCGUCGCGUCCACGCACCCCCAUCGACAGACAGGACAGCCUCGGCUUUCAGGACCGCAGGAUGGUGGACAAUGAGCUGUACACGUUCAAGAACACGGGGGACAUCAACACCAUCCGGCUCUCUGGUGUCGAUUUGGAUCCGGAGCCACCGAUUAUUGAGGUUUCAGAUUCCUUGUAGUUUUUUUUUGGGACUGAAGCUGCACAACGGACCGCUGUUACUCACUAAUUCUCGUUACAGCACCGAACACCUGCAGACGGUACUGAUGUGAACUUCUGUGCUUCAGUCACACUCAGGGAAUCUGAGUUUGAUUAGUUUCUGAAUGUGAU